AUGAAGCCCAGCACCGCAAAAGGGAGCCACAGCGACCACCACCAGAGGACGACGCCUCCCAUGCUUACCGAGGGGGAAACGGCCGUCGCCAUUGCCAAGCAGGUCAAUGGCGGCGGAGGCGGCGGCACAUCAUACCGCAGCAAAAAGUACAAGCCGAUGGUUGUGAUGGCUGCGCGGCCGGGGAUCGUCGUUGCAAACGGCUCGGGACGGCCGAGGUGGCCCUCGGGAGGACCCAACAACAGGUACGUUGCGCCGAAUGGCGUCGUCAUCGCCAACGGCUCCGGGCGGCCGUUUGACGUACGGAUGGGGCUGCUGGGCCGGAGCAAGACGACGCAGUAG